CCCAGCAUCCCCCGCUACCCGACUGCACCCGGCGGAGCCGCCGGGAGAGCGUCAUGGCCGCUUCAGAGCAGCCCCAAGCCGGGGAGCUGCUGGUCAAGGCCCGGAGAGCCUUCCUGGAGGAGUUCGGAGCUGAGCCCGAGCUAGCCGUGUCGGCCCCGGGCCGCGUCAACCUCAUCGGGGAACACACGGACUACAACCGGGGCCUGGUGCUGCCCAUGGCUCUGGAGCUCCUGACGGUGCUGGUGGGCAGCCCCCGCUCGGAUGGGCUUGUCUCCCUCCUCACUACCUCUGAGGAUGCUGACGAGCCCCGGCGGCUGCAGUUUCCCCUGCCCACAAGCCAGCGGCCACUGGAGCCUGGGACCCCUCACUGGGCCAAUUAUGUCAAGGGAGUGAUUCAGCACUACCCAGCUGCCCCCCUCCCUGGCUUCAGCGCAGUGGUGGUCAGCUCUGUGCCCCUGGGGGGUGGGCUGUCCAGCUCGGCGUCCCUGGAAGUGGCCACGUAUACCUUCCUACAGCAGCUCUGCCCAGACUCGGGGACAAUAGCUGCCCGGGCCCAGGUGUGUCAGCGGGCUGAGCACAGCUUCGCAGGGGUGCCCUGUGGCAUCAUGGACCAGCUCAUCGCACUGCUGGGGCAGAGAGGCCAUGCGCUGCUCAUUGACUGCAGGUCCCUGGAGACAAGCCUGGUGCCACUGUCGGACCCCAAGCUGGCCGUGCUCAUCACCAACUCCAAUGUUCGCCACUCACUGGGCUCCAGUGAGUAUCCCCUGCGGCGGCACCAGUGUGAAGAGGUGGCCCGGGCGCUGGGCAAGGAGAGCCUUCGGGAGGUACAGCUGGAGGAGCUGGAGGCUGGCCGGGACCUGAUGAGCACGGAGGCCUUCCGGCGGGCAAGGCACGUGGUGGGUGAGAUCCAGCGCACGGCCCAGGCGGCGGCCGCCCUGCGCCGCGGUGACUACAGAGCCUUCGGCCGCCUCAUGGUGGAGAGUCACCACUCGCUCAGAGAUGACUACGAGGUGAGCUGCCCGGAGCUGGAUCAGCUGGUGGAGGCCGCGCUCUCCGCGCCGGGGGUUUACGGCAGCCGCAUGACGGGCGGUGGCUUCGGGGGCUGCACGGUGACCCUGCUGGAGGCCUCCGCUGCUCCUCGGGUGAUGCAGCACAUCCAGGAGCAGUACCGCGGGACCGCCACCUUCUACCUCUCCCAGGCGGCUGACGGCGCCAAGGUGCUGCGCUUAUGAGGCCCUCACCGGGACAGCACACGGCGGGCCUCCCCUCCUGUCUGGGUGCUCAAUAAACUUGUAU